AGUUCUUAUAGCUUGGCACUCACACUCACCAACGUGAAAGAACCAAGCCUACGCCCUACCUCCCAGUAAGUGCUUCUGCUUGUUCUGUACUCCUCUCUCUACCACCCACAGUCGCUCAGUCCCCGAUUUUGACUGAGCCAAAACACAGAGGCACACUCUUAUAUAAUGCCUGAGUUGACUGAACUGGACCAACCAGCAACUAUGAGCAAUAAGCGAGAUGCCGCUGCCUCAGGCUCUGGAACGGAGUCCGACUCCGAUGAAUCCAUCCCUGAGCUGGAGGAUGCCGACAAGGGAGCUGGUCAGUUCCCAGGCAGCUCCAACAUUCACAUGGGCAACGCUGCCAGUCUCUCAGAUGACUUGAUCAGUAAGGCCAAGCAGAGCAGAGGGGAGAAGAAGGCCCGCAAGAUCAUGUCCAAGCUUGGACUCAAACCUGUGACUGGGGUGAACAGGGUGACCAUCCGCAAAUCAAAGAGCAUACUCUUUGUCAUCAACAAACCCGACGUCUACAAAAACCCAGCCUCUGAUACAUAUAUCGUUUUUGGAGAGGCCAAAAUAGAGGAUCUGAGCCAGCAAGCUCAAGUUGCCGCUGCAGAAAAGUUCAAGGCCCCUGAGGCUUCUCCCUCUGGCGAGGCUGGACACCAGGCAGCCAUGCCUGCACCAAUCCAGGAGGAAUCGGAAGAAGAAGAAGUAGAUGAGGCUGGAGUGGACGCCAAAGACGUGGACCUGGUUAUGUCGCAGGCGAGCGUUAGUCGGUCCAAGGCUGUAAAGGCAUUAAAGAAUAAUCAAAACGACAUUGUAAAUGCCAUUAUGGAAUUAACAAUGUAGUUUUCUUGGCCCACUGGAAACAUCCUUUCUCACCUGAGGGAUGCACCAUAAUUUCUGACCUAGAAUGUAAAAAUAUGAGAACUGUUUGAGUUUGAAUUGCAGUAAUUGAAAUGACUUUGCUUUCAACUCGCUAUUUGCAUACUAGGUGACAUGUAAACCACUAAGUUCGCCUUGGUCAUACUAAUAAAAUACAGGCCAAAUAUGACUGGAAAUUGCCCACACUGUA